GAAUACUUAACUAAUACAUCUCUUCAUUGUGAACAGUAUAUACAUCGUACUACCAACAAAUGCUAAUCAAAUGUAACCUGAUUCAGCAGUUAUAACUUUCUGAAGUUUUUAUAAACUAAUAUUGAUUUAAGAAAAAUUCUUACCAAACAUGUUCUCGUCUUUUAUGUUGAUAAAAAAGUGUUUUAAUCAUCGCUAUGCGCACAGUUUAUUUUAGUUUCAAUUUUUAAAGAUGGAACACAAGCUUCUAAUCAAUUUUGUUUUGGCUUGUUUGCUGUUCCAUAAUGCAGUACAGUCAUGUACAGAAUUUUUCCGGAAAGCAAAAGAUGAUAGUGUGGUUGUUGGACGUACGAUGGAACUUGCGGAAGAUUUGAAAUCAAAAGUCAUAUCAAAAGCAGGAGGAUCUCCUGAGAAAAGUUUUUUGCCAUCCUUUUGCCGUGAAUCUUCUCCCCUGGAAUGGAUAUACAAAUAUGAUGUACUUUGUGUAAAUGCCUUCGGGAAGCCUAUAUGUGUGGAUGGUAUUAAUAGUGAAGGUCUAUCAGUUGGUGCUUUGUAUUUGCCGCAGUACACGGUGUAUGACAACACAACUCAACAAGAUUGUUCCAACAUGGUGUCAAAUGUUCAAGUACUAAAUUUUAUACUGGCAAAUUAUAAUUCGACAGCGCAACUUCGCCAUGCCGUUAAUGGAAACAACUUUCCAAAAGUCUUUGGCAUGGCAGUUUUUGGUCAGAAUUUUGAGUUCCAUUACACCGUAACAGAUGCAAGUGGAGAUGCGUUAGUGUUGGAAUACACUAAAGAUGGAAGAGAAGCUCAUGAUAAUACGAUUGGUGUUACAACAAACUCACCUCCGUAUGAUUUUCAUAUGAUGAACAUUAAAAACUACGUUACGUUAUCAAAGUUUUCUUCAAAAGAUCUAACAUUUAGUGAUGUUGUGUUUACUCCAGUGGGUAUUGGCAGUGGAUUACUUGGUGUACCAGGAGAUUUUACACCUCCUUCAAGAUUUAUUCGCAUGGCUUCUCUCCUGCAUUUCUCAAACCAACCAAACACAACAGAUGAAGCGCUUAAGCUGACUUAUCACUUGUUGAACACUGUUGAUAUUCCAAAGGGUGUAGCACAAGUUGAAGUAGGACCGAAAGAAGGUCAUUACGAUUAUACGCAGUGGGUUGUGAUGAAAGAUUUAAAGAAUCGUGUCCUUUACAUCCGUUAUUACGACGACUUCAUGUUUCAAAAAAAUAACAUGAAGGAAACGAAGAAAGAAAAAGUCGUGUCUUAGAGAUACAACUAACAAUUGUACUCUAUUGAUGUUAAGUCUUGGAGUAAAAUAUUUUAUCACUUACACUACAUUUGCGGCAUAUAGUUUUCACGCUAAAAAUCUCUUGAAAACCAAGUCUUUUAUUCAAUCGCCCUUCUUAAAAUUGCCUGUGUUCUUCAAUU